CACAAAAUAAAUAAAAACAAAAUUAUUUUUUCUUUUUCUCCCAUUUCCCUUUCUUCGUUUUGUUUCACUUCACGCCAUUCUCGUCUCCUUCAGCAAAACGGUUUUCUCAGAAAUUCCAAUUCUGUCCCUCGCAGCUCAUCCAAUUUUCCAAUCCGCGCCAUGGCUCCAGCCGCCUCCUCCCCCUCGGCUCAGAGGCACGUGGGCUUCAGCCGCCGCACGCAGGCACCGCGCCGGCAAGACUCGUCCUCGCCGACUCCCGCGCCGAAGAAGUACCGCAUGCUGACGGAGGUAAUGGCGCGCGCACCCUACGCGGUGCUGGAACGGGAGACCUACAGCGACCUCAUGUGCGAGCAAUGUGGCUCCGGCGAGCUGCCGGACGAGCUGCUUCUCUGCGACAAAUGCGACAGAGGCUUUCACAUGAAAUGUGUGAGGCCAAUCGUGGUCAGGGUUCCGAUUGGAUCGUGGCUUUGCCCUAAGUGUCAGGGAGGGAAGAGAGUGCGCCCUUUCUCUCAGAAGAGGAUAAUCGAUUUCUUCGGGAUUCGGAGGAGCUUCGCUGAUGAUGCCAACGACAAACGAUCUUCUCGCGAUGCUAAGAAGCGUCGCAAACGUUCUCGACCUUUGGUAUUACAAAAGAAAAAGAGGAGAUUGUUACCAUAUGUUCCUACAGAAGAUCCUGACCAGAGAAUGAAACAGAUGGGUUCCCUUGCUACUGCUUUAACAGCGUUAAAUAUAGAAUUCAGUGAUCACCUCACAUAUUUGCCUGGAAUGGCUCCUAGAUCUGCGAAUCAAGCCCUACUAGAAGACGGUGGCAUGCAGACUCUUACCAAGGAAGAUAUGGAGACUGUAGAACACUGCAAUGCUAUGUCUAAAAGAGGCGAAUUCCCUCCCUUUAUGGUUGUUUAUGACUCACAUGAAGGUUAUACUGUUGAGGCUGAUGACACAAUCAAGGAUAUGACACUUAUUGCUGAAUAUACUGGGGAUGUGGAUUACCUUCGCAAACGGGAACGUGAUGAUUGUGACAGUAUGAUGACCCUUCUUAUUGCUGCAGAAAGUUGUGAUAGUCUUGUUAUCUGUGCUGAUAAACGUGGAAACAUUGCUCGCUUUAUCAGUGGCAUCAACAAUCAUACACAGGAAGGUAGGAAGAAGCAGAAUUGUAAAUGUUUGAGAUACAAUGUUGAUGGCGAAUGUAGGGUCUUUUUGGUUGCUACUCGAGAUAUUUCUAAGGGGGAGAGACUUUAUUACGAUUAUAAUGGUCAUGAGUAUCAAUACCCGACUCAUCAUUUUGUCUGAGUGAAAGACAUAAAUACCUCUUAAAAAUCCCUAUAGCUCUGGAAAGUUUAGAUCCUCAGGAAAAUAAUUUUAUUUAUAUUCUUGAAAGUCUCAAAUCAUUGUUCUAGCAAAUUCAACAAUUUUUUUUCCUAAAUUGUAUUCAUGGGCAAUUCAUUGUAAUUUUUUCUGUAGAGCUGCCCAAUUAUUUAUGUGGCUUAGAGAUGAAUAGAGUACCUUAGGAAAUCUUUCUUCAUUUAGGUUAUAUCUCAGAAGAUGAGAUAUACAUUUUUCAAUACAGUUUCAAGGAAUUUUAAAGAUUCCUGGAUUUUACUUUGAA